AUAUUGUAGCCAUUCUAGGGGCGGGGUAAAGUAGUGUUUUCUAGUCCGCUGUCUUCGAUCAGCGCCAUUAGACAAAAAAAUCGUUUAGUCCGUUAAUUUAGUAGAGCGGAAACCAGCACAAAACAGAUCAAGUCGCUGUAAUAAAAGCGACUGUGAUCUCGUCGAGGAUCUGUUAUUUUUCUCGUAAAUCGACCUUCCAAACAGGGGGAUGCUGCUACAGUCUGAAUCUGAGACUCUCAGACCGUCGUCGGGUUUCACGUCUCAGUUAUUCCGGAAAAACGGUUUUUUGAUAAAAGAAUCGAGGUACUUACCGACCCUCCCAAGUUGGGGUAAAAAAUCUUGUUUUUAGCGUCGAAGGUGUAGCAGAGCUGCUGAGCUAAUUUGGCCCCAGAGGUCGUGAAGUGCUGAGGGAACGACGCUAUUAUUACUUUAUUAUUGCUGUUCAACAACAUCAUCUACGGAUUAUCCAAAGAUUCAGCAGAAUUUUUAUUCCCAGCGAGACUUUGAUCCCCUUUACUAAAACCACCGGACGUGUAAACAAUCAUUCAGCCUGAGCGAUGAAGCUAUUGGAGAACUCCAUCUUCGAGGCCCUGAGCUCUCAGCUGUGCGUUGAGACUGGAGAUUCGCACAUCCUGGGCAGGAUUGAGAGCUAUUCCUGCAAGAUGGCGGGGGAUGACAAACACAUGUUUAAGCAGUUCUGCCAGGAGGGGGAGCCGCAUGUCCUGGAAGCCCUGUCCCCACCACAGUCCAGUGCCACCAGCCCUCCCCAACUGGCUAAAAGCAGCGAGGAUGGCGAGAAUCCAUUGAGUGACAAGUGCUGUCGGAAGACCCUCUUCUACCUCAUCAGGACGCUCAACGAGUCCUUCCGGCCUGACUAUGAUUUCAGCGCGGCGCGUGCCCACGAGUUCAGCCGCGAGCCCAGCCUCAAUUGGGUGACCAAUGCGGUGAAUGGCAGUUUGAUCUCAGCCGUGGGGGAAGAAUUUAACUCUCUGGGUCCACAGCUGUGGAGUGCUAUCGACCAGGAGAUCAACCUUCAGAGUUGUGACAUUUACAGCUACAAUCCAGACCUGGAUUCGGACCCCUUCGGAGAGGAAGGCAGCCUCUGGUCGUUCAACUACUUCUUCUACAACAAGAAGCUGAAGAGGAUCGUCUUUUUUACCUGCCGCUCUGUCAGUGUCCUGAGUGGUUAUGGCCGUGGCUCUCUGGACAACGAACUGGACAUGGAGCUGGAUAUUGAUGAGGAAGAGCUGGAUGGGUUUACUGAGGACAGGAUCCCCAGGGCCCUCUGUGUCUGAUCUGUCUUCUCAGGGACAAACAUUUGCACUCUGUCUCUCUUCCCCUCCCCCCAUCCCUCCUCCUCUUCCUCUUUGUUGUCUCUGUCCUACAUUUUUGUUUCUCUCAUGGACUCUGACGGUAUUUAGACUCUGGCUGCACUGCCUGUUCCCCCGAAGCCACAUCUUCCUUUUCGUCCUCCAGCGUUGGACUUGUUAGAAUCCACUGUCCUCCUCUUCGCUUCUCUUGGCUGCUGUCAGGAUGGCAGGAAGCACCCAGUGCUGUGACGCUGGGGUUUUGGGGUGCCUUAAUAUAAGCCCCCACCCAUUCCCAGUGGUGAACUUGGAGCAGCGGCAGAAUAUUCUGGACUGUUUAGGUGCCUCUAUCAAGCUUCAGGCUUAGCCCCAGACCCUGGAUGGACAUUACGUUCUGACUUAUCAGAUGCCUGUUGCUGGAUGGAGUGUGAUUUGUGAAAGGGCUGAAAGACUGCGGACUGCUUUUUCAGUGGGGCCAGUGUGGGCCUCUGCCUCGCCGCCCCCACACAAGUCAAUCAGGUGCAGUCUCUACACCAGCAUCAGCAACUGGAGGCAGAGAUGCAACAGUGGGGACAAGGGAAGACCUUGGCUUGUAUAACAGAGGGGGGCAUCUCCCCUCUGGGAGAUUUGCAGCAUUUGCUGUGUCCAGCUUGGAGAUCCUUUUUUUUCUUUAAUUUCUUGCCUCCUGUUUUUAUUAUUCCAAGAAUUUUAAGUUUACAGGAGAUGCAGAUAUUGUGCAGCUAUACAGCCCUGCUGCUGAAGCCAAUGAUAGCCGGUGUCCCCAUGUGUCGGAGUCCCCCCUAGCGAGGCCCUGCAGCAACAGCCCAGGCUAGGAUCACUGGCCGGAUGGCACCCUGUUUGGGCUCCACGACGCCUCGCGGUGGCGUUUCUCGUGUGUAUGUGUGUGUUUUUUUCCCCACUCCGUACUGAGCAGUAUUCGGGGUGUGUGUGCUCUCUAGCAUUUUCACUUUCGCACUCACCGUUUUGGUAACACCCUGUUCUUGUGGACGAUUACCGCAAACAAGCAGCACACGUGCCGACGGCGGAACAGGACUGGCGCGAUGGGCGCUCGCAGAAUUGUUUACGGCGAAAAUGCGCUUCUCCUUACAGCCGCGGACGUGCUCGUUGCGGGUCCCACGAAGUGCGCUUCUCGUCAUGCAUUAAGUUUCGUUUCGCAGUGAGAACUUUUCUGUGAAUAAAGUUUCCUGUAUUUUGA